CACCCAAUGUGCCACUUAUUAGCCCCUCAACACACCGACUCUUGGCCAGACUUCAUGCUUCAGUGGACUUUUAUUCUCCUCACUGGAAGUGUUCGCCUUCAGUCUAUCGCCGUCCGUCCGCCGAGUCGCUCGCAAAUCACCUUGGGUCACCCUAAAAACCACCCAAAUUUCUACCUGUUGCUCUCCCACGGCAUUUACUGUGCAUUUAUGGUGACUAGCAAAAAGUGAAUUUCUCCCAAAAAUCGACAAAUAAUUGGACGUGUUCGAAAAUCUAAUAAAAAGCAGCAUUUUCGUCUCUUUUUUCUAAUCUCGCGUUUAAUUCACUAUUCGAUGUGCCAUCGAGGAAGAAGUUUUGGGCCAUAAGUUUGAGUGUUAAGUAGUUUUUGUUUCAUCAAAAGUAUGGCCGAUAAAAUGCCGAUAAAACUGAGUGUCCAGCAUUUAACAUUAGCACUUCACACGAUCUUUCUCACAACUGUCUUCAUUGCAACUGCCACAGGCCUUCCGGGCCCCAGUGAAGAUAAAUUGCGUGUCUGCAUCUUGGACGGGCGCGGAUCGUUCAACAAGUCCCACAAGUACUGCCCGAUCCUCGAGGAGUCGUCCAACAUCGAGUGCGUGAUCGGCGUGGACAGGCUGGAUUGCGUGCGGCGCAUCCACAAGGGAUCGGCGCACUUUGGCGUCUUCUCGGCCGAGGAUCUCAUCGCCGCGCGCUGGGCGGGCGUCGAGGUGCUGGUCACCAAUGAGAUGCGCUUCAAUCACGCGCCGUUCGAGUACGAAAUCGUCGCCGUGGUGGACAAUGAGGCGGGCAUCAACACGCCUCACGAUCUGCGCGGCAGCAAGUUCUGCCAUCCCGGCCACGGACUCCACAAUCACUGGACGGAAGUCCUGGCAAACUACUUCGAAUCCAUGCUGGUGGCGAGGCAGUGCGACGAGGAUCUGUCGCUGGCGGAGUCCAGGAUCAAAGCCUCGUCGAAGUUCUUCGGACCGUCGUGCAAAGCUGGUCCGUGGGUUCCGGAUCCCAUCGAAGAUCGCACACUAAAGAAGCGCUAUCCGUCGCUGUGUCAGAUCUGCGGCAAUCCUGACCACUGUGGCAUCGGAGACAAGCACUGGGGCCGCCGUGGGCCGUUGUACUGCCUCACGAGCGGCGCCGGCGAGGUGGCGUGGGUGCGGCUGGACGACGUGCGCAGCCACUUCGGCCUCAGCGGCCUGCCGGCGGAGACUGAUCCCGCGGGCUACAGCCUGCUGUGUCCGGACGGGCAUCUGCAGCCCAUCAACACCAAGUACCCGUGCGUGUGGGUGGCCAAGCCUUGGCCGGCGGUGGCCGUGAAGCGGGAAUACUCGGAGAAGAUCCAAGAAGUGCUGGAGCAGCUGUCGCACGACGACCAGAAGAGCUGGCAAAACGCGCUGCUCAACCUGCUGGAGACUUAUCACGUGGACGUGACGCCCAUGGACAUCUCCAUGCCCAUCGAGGACUACCUGGACAGAGCCGUGGGCUUCCAGGGCUCCUACUCCUUCCCCUCCUGCAAUCCUCCGCGCUCCGUCGUCUACUGCACCACGUCCAUCAUCCAGCACGCCAAGUGCUCGUGGCUGCAGGAAGCCUCCUCGGUGUACGGCAUCGAGCCCAAUCUGCAGUGCAUCCGGACGGAGCAUCUCGAUCGCUGCAUGGACGACGUGAAGCACAGAGUGUCGGACGUCGUGCUGGUGUCGCAGGACGACAGGAUCCGCGCACAGCGCGACUACUCGCUGAAGCCCAUCCUGUACGAGUUCUCGUCCAGCUUCGCCAAGAGAUACGCCGUCGUGGCCGUGGUCAGUGCCAAAUCCCGCGUGAAGAGCUUCGAGCAGCUGCGUGACAAGACAGCCUGCUUCCCGUCCUUCGAAGGCGCCGCGUUCCUGUCCGUCGGCGAGACGCUCCUCAACAAAUCCCUCAUCCAGCCCUCGUGCAAUCUCUCCAGCGCCAUCAGGGGAUUCUUCUCCUCACAAUCCUGCCACUCGCACGCGGGAAGUGACCAGAAUUGUCGCCUCUACCACGGCGACGAGGGAGCGCUGAAGUGUCUCGUCGAGGGUCACGGAGAUGUGGCGUUCCUGGGCAUCGAGACGUGGCAGAACUUCGUCGAUGGCAAGAUCCUGGGCAACUACAAAGCCAGUCACUUCGAUCUGCUGUGUCCCUUCGGCAGCACCAAGAAGAUUCCCACGUGUUAUCUCCACUGGACAGCUCCUGGCCACCUCAUGAUCCACAACACGACGAAUCUGAUGCGCCGGAACGAGAUCUACAACUCCCUGCGCGACAUGGAUCGCCUCUUCGGCAAGACGUUCAGCACCAAGACGCAGACUUUCACCCUCUUCGGCCCCUUCGACAAGAAGAACAACGUCCUGUUCCGGGACGCCACUGACGGGCUUCGGGGCUCCGUGGACAUUCUGAAGGAUCGCGCAGAGCGCAGCCUGGAAACGGUGUUCAGCCAAUAUUCCCACGCCAAGUGUAUCGCCAGCGCUGGCGUGAGUUUCUCCGUCAGCAACUUCUUCCUCCUGGGCGCUCUCCUGACGCUCAGACUCUUCAGCAAAUUCUCCUCAAUGGCCAGUUGAAUAGCAAUUUUUUACAGAGUGUGAUGAGAGAAAUUGUGAUAUUAAAUCAUUAAUUUAUACGCGCAAAUCUUUCAAACUCGACACGUGUUGGACGACAAAAUGUCUCAUAAACACACUGCUUAAUGAUCCGAAAGGCAUGUUUUUCACCGCACUUUCCCCGCGCCUGUGCCAGAGCUUAAUUGCCCCGUUUUUUUUGUCCAUCUUCAGUGCCACAAAUUCAUCUAAUUGAACGUGUGCGGAAAAAAGUGU